AUGGCUGGAGGCUCCUUUCCACGUCUGGUGCUUCUGCUGGCCUGUUCCGGGGUACUCUCCCAUGAGGCUGAGUCCGAAGCAACAGACGUGGAUGGCUUGGCACUGCUAACGUCCCGCACACGGCCACACAGGGCUCAGAGACGUGGCCCACGGAUCCCGGCAAAUAUUCUGUUUAACUACAAGAUCAACUUGUUCGAGUCCCGGCUACAUGGUGAUGACGAUGACACCGAGCUGCUUCGGGUUCUGAGAAAGAAUUGCGAGCACACGGUGGACAGCUUCGGCGGGGACGUGGCCAAGGUGUAUUUCUACGACGACAAGGUCUGCAUCGCCGAGCUCAAGAAUUUGGAAGGCUUUGACGGCAAGAGACUCGCCGCGGGCUUCAAAGCCUUCAAGAACGGCAGGUUCAAGUCCGACCUGUGUCGCUUGGUCCAGCUCUACAACCAUGGCGGCUACUACUUCGACACUGACAUCCUGCCGGUGCGCUCGGUGCGGAAGGUCCUGGAGGAGGAGACGACUUUCGCGACGUCCCGGUCGGUCUUUCAGAACGAGAUUUUCCAGGCUUUCCUGGCUGCAACUCCGAAGCACCCCUUCAUUGCUGAGCAGUUGCGGGAGUUCGAACAGUGGCUUGCAGAGAAGCACGAGGAAGAUGAGCAUGUGAACCUGGGAUGUUGGUUAUUGCAACGGAGCCUGGCGAACUGGGAUCAUCGCGUGAACGACCACCCCGUGGUGAAGAAGGACUCUGAAGUCGUCCGCUUCUUCCAGGAGGACAACAUCGAGAAUCUGAAGGGCAGAUAUCGAGGCCUGCUGGCAGGCAAAGCCAAGUGGAAGGAGUGUCGCGUGGCCGUGGUCGAUGAGGCUAUCGAGCAGGUCGUCAUGUACUCCCGGGUCGUCACGACAAACCACCACGACGUGUGCACAGAGGAGCUGGACAUCUUGGACUCGGAAGUCUGA